AUGAAUCCCGGAGAGUUCCCCAACCCGGGCGCGGGGCCUGGCCGGCCAGCCCCGAAUACCGCGAUGAGGAUGAACGCAAACAUGCAGGUCCCAAAGAAUGACAGUGUGCAAUCUAUGAUGACCUAUGUUGCGCAAAUGUUGCAAAACCAGGGACCCUAUGGAGGUUGGAAGGCAGAAGUUCUAAUCAAGACUCGGGCGACGAAUGUUUAUCAAAUGAUCACCUCCCUCCGUUUGAUCCAACCUCGCAUCGAUCUCCACCAAGCGGCCCAGGCGGCCAUGAGUUUCGAAUUAAAAGCAUUCACCAAAGCCAACGAGAAGAUCGAAUACGAGAAGGAAUGUACCGAGAAGCUUCUUCACAUCAGAAACACCCGAGAGAGACAGGCCGCGGUCGCUUACCAAAGUGGAAUGAUGCCCCAGACGGGCGCUGGUCAAAAUCAGAUCCCAGGCGCUUUUCCGCAGCACAUCAACCAGAGCAUGCAGGGGUCGCCGGUUUCUGGCCAACAGCAGAUGGCAAUGGGAAUGAAUGGGCAGAAUCAACAGGCAGCAAUUCAGCAGCAGCGACAGCAACAGCAGUCGCAGGCGAUGCUCCAACAGCAGCAGCAGCAACAACAACAGCAGCAGCAGCAGCAGCAACAGCAGCAACAGAGGUCCCAACAGCGCCCUGGUAAUGGAAUUCCGAUGGUUGACGACCUCAGCACGCUUUCAGCCCAAGACCUGGACCACGUCUCUCGACUGGCAAACGAGAUGUUGAAUAAAACGAACCCAGAAGAUAUGGAGAAGAUCAAAUUGAAUUUGUCAAACAUGACACCUGAGCAGCGACAAUACCUGGCACGGAAAAACCUUGAGCCAAUGACCUAUUUUUUCCGCUCUCAGGCACUCAACCAGAUCAGACGCCAUCGCCGCGCUCGUCUGGAAAUGGGAGGACGUGCGCCAAAUGCUGGGGUGGAUGCGAAUGGUAACAUGAUGGGUGACCCAAUGAUGAAUUCUCAGCACCAACGACAGAUGCUUCAAAGCAUGUUAAACCUUCAACGCAAUUCUGCAUUUCCCGGAAAUCCCGGUCAGACGAUGGAACCCCCAAACUUUAUUGGCAACGUGGAAAACAUCCAAGGACAGCAAGCAGAUGGCCUGCGCUCACAGGAGGCUGGUCAGCUAGUCGUUCCUGCCAGCUCUUCUCAAAUGAACCAGGCCCCAUUUCCGAAUAAUAACAACAACAUGUUCCCACAGCAGAUGGGCCAGAAUGGCCAGGCGAAUAUGAACGCCAAUAAUACAAAUGCUCAGGCUCAGUUCCUCGCCCAACAGCAUCUGCAGGGUGGGUCUAAUACUCCCCAGGAUCGAAUGCAGUUCCAGGCACAACAGUCUCAGGCUCAAGCCCAGGCCCAGGCGCGUGCACAAGCGGCCCAGAAGGCUCAGAUGGCGAUGUCGGGCCAUGGUGGCCAAGUGGCCCCCCAAUCACAGCCACAACUAAAUGGACAGAGCCCCGUCAUGCCAAUGCUGAAUCAACCAAUGGCCCCGGGUCAGAUGUCUCCGGUCCAGGUACCCGCUCAAGCCCGGCCACCGUCCCGACCUGCGAAUAUGGGCCAGCAUCCGGCUGGCGUUGCAGGGAAAGCUGGGAUGCAAGGUCCACUACAAAUUCCUUCCAACAUCCCGCCCCAUAUCCAGGAACAACUCGCUCGCAUGCCCCCUGAACAGGCUCGGGUUUUCAUCAUGCAGCAACGUCGCGCCGCUCUCAACAACAUGGCUCGAGCCAACCCCGGCCAGCAGCCGCAGCCUCAACCAGGUCAAGCCCAAUCCAUGAUGAAUAACCAGAUGGGCAACGCCAUGAUGAGAGGCCCGAUGAGUGCUCCACAGGAUUUGAACUCGGGAGGAAUACCCCAAGGCCAGCAAAUGACUCAGCAGCAACGUCAACAACGCCAGAAUGAGGGUUAUAAGCUCCAACUGCUGCGGCAGCAAAACAAUGGCGUGGAAAUGACCCCCGAGCAGGGCAAGCAAAUGGACCGCGUGUCUUUCCCACCGUCUAUUCUGAACAUGAAUGGCACCUCAAUGCAAGUACCUAACAACAUCAAAUCAUGGGGUCAACUCAAGCAAUGGGCAAGUUCAAACCCUCAAGUUGCAAGCCCCAAUGACCUCCCGCGCCUCAUGAUGCUUCAGAAGCUUCAUCUUGGUCAGCUGAUCGCAGCUUCCACAAAUCAAGUCAACCAGAAUGGCCAGGGUCCAGCGGCAACUCCAUUCCAAAGCACCCAGGCUCCGUUUACGAACACGUCAGGCUUCCCUUCUGGCCAACAACCAUCUGCUAUCAACAUGGCAUCUAUGCGGCCAAUUUCCGCCCAAGACAUCCAACUGGCUCGUCAAAAGCUUGGACACCAGGCGUCAAACUUCACCGACGAGCAGAUUCGGGAGAUUCUGUACCGAAACCGCCAGAAGCAGAUGAUGCAGGCUGCACAGAACCGAGCAAUGCAACUUGAAGGAAACACGCAGCCUGGCCAGCUAAGCCAACCGGCGGCGCAACCUCCGGCUCCUGCAGCACAGCCUAUCCUGCAAAUGAAGCAACAACAUCCCCAAGCCCCGCAAUCGACCCCCCAAGCGGCGAACGCAAAGCCCCAAACUGGAGCUGCUGCCAAAGGUGCUAAGGGUGCUACUGGGAAGCAGGCCUCAAAGAAGAGACCCAGCACAGAUGAUAUAACAGAAGCCCGACCCGCAGCUACACCCCAGAUGAGCCAGCCUGUAGCAGUUCCAGGCGCCCCGGGGACAGCCCCCCAACGGCCAGGCCUUCCCUUCACGCCAGAACAGCUUGCACAGAUGACCCCUCAACAGCGAGCCCAAGUUGAGGCACACAUGCGGAGACAACAAUCUCAAAGUCGGGGUCAGGUACUUAGCAGAGCUGCCGCCGACGAAGCAUGGAAUAGGAACCUACCACCGCAGGUUAUGGAGGUUUAUAAUGAUAUCGCCAAGAACGCUCCACCCGCAAAGCCUAUGCCUGUCUCGCCAGAGCAGAAGGCCGCUAUGACCAAACAACUGCGUGAAGCCUUGGAUGUUCUCGGCCGCUUGGAUGCCCUUGUACAGUGGUUUGCAAAGAUGCAAGGCCAGGAGAAGAAUGUGAAGAAUCUUCUCGCCAUGCGUAUCCAAUUGAUGAGACAGUUCAAGCCCUCGCAGGAUUGGGUUGUAAAUGAACAUUUCACAGUUACUUCUGAUUACCUCACUGGUGCCAUCCUUUUUAUGCGGAAGUUGUUCGCCGUCAUGAUUUCUCGCAUGCAACAAGGCCAGCGCCCUAACGCCCCCCAGCCCGCUAGCUCCAACGCCCAGACAAUGCAAGGCAACAUGCCAGCAUUGAACGCGACCAACCUGCAGCAGUUACAGGCACAGGAAGAAGCCCUACAACGAGCCCGGCGCGCAUCUAGCCAGUCUGUUGCAAAUGCCCCAGCUGCACCUUUCGCGGCUCCAUCUCCCAGGGGCGUCCCUCAGUAUGCCCCAGGCGGACUUGCCCCCGAGAAUCUUAAGUUGCCUCCUCCCAAGAAGCGAAAGCAGUCUCAUGGCGUGGCAUCCUCCCCGAUUCAAGCAACUGCAGCUCCUGGCGCAGCGGCAAAAUACAACAAGGCGGUGGCGGACGCCACAUCCAAUGCUGCAGCUAUGGCAGGUGCCUUUAAAUGCAGUGUGAUUGAGUGUCAACACCACUACCAAGGAUUCCCUACGCAAGCCGCCUUGGACAAGCAUGUUGAAGAAAGCCAUCAACCCGAGGAGGAAGAGAUCAUCGAGGAUUAUCUCAAAUAUUACCAUGAAAGUAUCUCGAUGGGUCUUGGACUGAACCCCAAUGAUAGCCCGGAAACCCAGCAAACAGCCACACUCGGACCCUCCACCAAGCUUAGUGCAACAGCUUCUCCCGCGAAACAAAGUAUUGCUACCCCUCUCAUUGCCAACAACGCCCCCAUGGUCAGGGUCACUAGCCAAUUCGGAGCCAAGACCGCGUCUCCUGCUGCAGCAUCAACUCAGCUGCUCACUCCGCAAUUGUCCUCUGUCAAGGGAAUGAAGCCUGCCGACAAGGACGUAAAGAAGGAAGUUAUCAAACUGGAGGAUAGCGAUACAAAGGAUCCCUGGGCGGAAUGUCCCACCUCGCUUGACACAAUCCAUGAUACUUUUUCAAACCUCGCGAGCAAGGACCUGCCUCACCUGGGCUAUGAUUCGCUCGAGGACUUCGAUAUCAAUGAAGCUACUCCGGUGGAUGACGACUGGGCUGCCUUUGCUAGUCUGACUCCUCCGGACGAGGCCGAGGAAGCUGCUUUCUUGGAGAAGUUUUAUGAACCUUGGGACGAAGAAUCCAUUACAAGGACUGCGGAGUGGCUGCGCAUUCCGCCUGAGAUCCAAGUCAAGGGCAUCGGACCUAUGGGCCAGCUUGAGGUUGACUGGGAUGCUGUUGCGCGCUACGACAGAGAAGGCAUUCGCAUCAGCAUGCCAAAGUGA